CGUACGGUUGUUGUCUCUUCGUUUUUUCGCACCGUUCGUGCGUUUUCUCUAUCUAUCCUUACGUUUCGCGCUUUCUAUCUUUCUUAUAAGUCUCUUUUUCGGCUUUCGGCUAUAAUCGUUUGGUUUUUUUUUUUUUUUUAGAGUGAUCCCUAGAUUCUUCGAAGCUAGAUCGCGUGUGACAUUCUGAUCCUCCAUCGUCGUUAUUCUCGUAGAGAAACGCACGCACACGCAUCGUACAUGCGUAAUCUCUUUCUCUUUCUUUCUUUCUAUUGACGCUCUCCGUCCGUGGUUCCUUCGCUCGAAGAUAACAACGAGAGAAGGAAGAAUCCUCCUCGCAGGACCUUUUGGAUUUUUCUUCGACUCGUCGUCAUUCGUCCUCUUCAUUGUACACGGGCGCUACGCCUUUGAGAACUUCUCCUGCAUGAUUUCGUACGACCUGACGUCGUACGUAAGAAACAGGAAGAACGCGUUCGCCAUCGAGGAUGACGUAGCCCGAGGGUUACUUAUCGACGAGUCAGACGUCGAGGAUGCACGUGAGAAUAGUACCAAGAGCGGACGAAGAGAAGGAAAAAGGAAAGAAGAGAAGGACAUCAGAUCGUUCGAUUGAAGAAAUUGCAUUUGCUCGGUUCUUCUCGUCGUGGUUGUCGUUGGAUAUUUUCAACGAGGCAACGACCGAUAAAGACACUGCCAGGGUAACGAACAGCACCAGUCGUGCCCACCUGAGUCGUCCGUUAAGUCGCAUCCGUCGUCAUAACUUUGCGUCUUUCGUUCUUCUCACUUUUCCUCCCAUUCUGUAGACAUCGGAAACGUUUACGGACUCUAGACUUUCCCUGCACUUGUUUCUCUUUCUUCUCUUUUUGCACAGAAUCUUUUCUCUCUCUCUCUCUCUCUCUCUCUCUCUCUCUCUCUCUAUCUAUCUCUUUGUCUGUCUCACUCUAUCAAUCUAUCUAUCUCUUUCUCUUUCUCUUUCUUUCUCUUUCCGUUUUACCAACUUCUACUCUCGCGUACGCGUUGGAAGAUCAAAGAGCUAAGAAGCAGAAGAAGAAGAGAAAAGAGGAAAGAUGUUAGGCGUGAGUCAGCCGAGCAAUCCGCCCUCGAGCUUGCGUCACUCCGCGAGCUUCUCCUGUCUGCAAAGGAGCACCGUCGGCGAGGGCCAUCGUGCUAGAACCUCGACAUUGUUGCAACAGCCGAGCCUGCAGCUUACUAACGGCCACCAUCAUCAUCACCAUCACCACCAUUCUCAGCAUCAUCAUCAUCAGUACUCGUCCGGGCAGAGCGGCUCCUCGCUUCAACAGCCGAGUAACAACGUUCAGCAGCAACAACAGCAACAGCAGCAGCAGCAGCAGCAGCAGCAGCAACAGCAUCAGCAACAACAACGAGGAGUCGAGGCCGAUGCGAUUCAAGAGAGCAACGAUUACGGUUUCGUAAGGAUCAGGCCUCGUUUGCGAAGCACCAACGCUACGAUCUAUCACGAGGAGGAGGUGGCAGCGGCUAAGAGCGCUUUUAGAGAUCGAGACGCGUCAGCUUUCAGCGAUCGCGAGUGCGAGUCCUCGAGCUUUCGCGAAUUAUUGAAGACGAAGGAUCGAGAGCAAUCGCCAAAGAGCGGAGGCUCCUCGAAGAAUCAGAAUCCGUUGAAGGGUGCCUUGAUAUUGUUCACGUCCACCUCAUCUUGGUGGAAAGCGAGACAGCGAGAGGAACAGCUGAACGGUGUUGGUGGGUCCUCGAGUUCGGUUACCACCUCGAUCUUGCCUUCGUCCGAGCGAAAGUGGUCGAGCACCUCGAUGGCGUCACCCUCGAACGAGAGAAAGUGGCCGCCCUCGAUGACGUCGCCCACGAUGGGUGAACGGAAGUGGUCCGUCGGUAACAAUGCCUCGUUGACGUCACCAAGCAACGAGAGGAAGUGGACCAGGUCCUCGGUCUCUUCUAGCUCGACGAAUGUCCUCGCUGCCAGCACCGGAGGACAAUCUCAGCCGCAACAACAGGAUAGGAAAUGGCGCUCCCUAGGUGCCCUUCUUAGAGCUCCCACAGUUGGCGGAGGAAGUGGUACUUCCUCGCACGCGAGCGCUUCGCUUCAGAAUUCAUUUUCUCACAAUAUGAGCGUCUCGAUGAUCGAGAGCAGCACGGCCGAGCGUUCUAGAGAGGAGCCACGUGGCUCGGCUUGCAAAUCCUCCUCUACGAGAUACCAACAGCCGAGCUCGUACUCGGCUCGCGUAUCCCGAGUCACCAGAGAUAUAUACAGAGAGAACGGCGAGUUCUCGCAGGCUGCCAGGACUAAGGUCAGUCGUAGAUUGUAUCAGGAACCACCUAUCGAGGCUGCCGGCAAUGCGACGUCUACCGAUCGAGAGAUCAUCGAGGAUACCGGGAGACACUCGCUCGCGAGACACCAUCAGUUCAAGGACGAGUGCAGAGCUAGAACGAAUCGCGAGAGCUUUUGUAGAAUCGAUCAGACUACCGAAACUCGUACUACCGGAACCGGCACGACGACUACUUCGUCCUCGACCACCAGAUCGAGCAGGGCUCAGAGUUUCUAUCUCCUGGAUGAUUUUUUGAAGCCGCAACCUCAGCAGAACAAGUGCAUGUUGAAUCUUUACUUAUCCUCCCCGUAUUCGAAGUCGGUCGAAACGAAGAGAGCAUCGCAAGGAAACGUUACCACGAACAUAACACCUCCGAGACGUCACAAUUCGAGUUCGGAUAGUCUCGAAGUUGCUACCAGUCCUUUGCCGCCUCCUGUACCACCGCCGCCACCACAGCUAAGUGCUAGGGAAAGAGAGAGAGGUGAAAAUUUCAAGGAGAAGGAGGUGUGUCCAUGCAACAUGUGCUGGGCUUCAUUGCAGCAGAGAUCGUUCGCGGAAGAGGUGAGUAGGAGAUCGAAAGAACGCGCAUCUCUCUACGAAGAGAAAGGGAGGAGUCCCGGAACGCUGCACAAAGAUGUCGACGGUGCUGGUACCAAGGUCAGUGGAAAGACGGUCGGAGGUGUCGGCACGGCAACCCUCACCACGCUCUCCUCCAUUAAUAAUACAUCCAACGCCACUCGAAAUAAGAACAAUCCGGUAUCUCACGAGAAAUUACCGUCGUUCUUCAAUACGAAGCCCACGCGGGUGGAUAAAUCGAACGCCAAGAAUGCAAACAAUUCUACCAGCAACAACAUUCACAAUAUGUCGAUGCACGAAUCACACAGUGCCAUCACACACUCUCAUGAAUUUCAUGGCGGCAAAUUCCCUAUGACACCUCAGGAAGCUGUGAAAUAUUAUGGAUAUCGACUUCCGGAUUUCGAGCGCGCAGAGAUUGAAAAAUAUUCCGAGAUUUGGUACUUGGGUUUGUCGGCGAAUAAAAUUCACGGAGAGGAAGGUGCAUCGCAAAACGGCGGUUACGAUGACGAAAACGGUAGCUACAAUAAAGUCCUGCAUGAUCACAUUUCCUACAGAUACGAGAUACUAGAAGUUAUUGGAAAAGGAAGUUUCGGUCAGGUGAUUCGAGCAUUCGAUCAUAAGGCGAGUCAGUACAUCGCGAUCAAGAUCAUCAGAAACAAAAAGAGAUUCCAUCAUCAAGCACUAAUCGAAGUUAGAAUCUUGGAGCAUCUGAAGAAGAAGGAUCUGGAUGCCAACGCGUCGCACAAUGUGAUACACAUGUUAGAGUAUUUUUAUUUCAGGAAUCAUUUAUGCAUCAGUUUCGAAUUAAUGAGUUUGAAUCUGUACGAGCUAAUCAAAAAGAACAAUUACCAAGGAUUCAGUUUAAGUCUGGUACGACGAUUCGCUAACUCUCUGAUUAGCUGUUUGAGAUUGCUCUAUCGAGAAAAUAUCAUACACUGUGAUUUGAAACCGGAGAACGUACUUUUGAAACAACGAGGUAGCAGCUCGAUCAAAGUCAUAGACUUUGGCUCCUCCUGUUAUAGCCAUCAGCGUGUAUAUACGUACAUUCAAUCGAGGUUUUAUAGAAGUCCGGAGGUGAUUCUCGGUCUUCCGUACGGUACGCCGAUCGAUAUGUGGAGCUUGGGUUGUAUUUUGGCCGAACUUUAUACGGGAUAUCCUUUGUUUCCGGGCGAGGACGAGAUCGAACAACUCGCGUGCAUCAUGGAGGUACUUGGGCUACCUCCAGAACACAUCACCAGUCACGCUUCGCGUCGCAGACUCUUUUUCGAUCAGAAGGGUACUCCACGAUGCGUGACAAACAGCAAGGGCAAAAAGAGAUGGGCUGGCAGCAAAAACUUAACGAUGGUUCUCCGAUGUACCGAUACACAUUUCGUCGACUUCGUUAGCAGAUGCCUCGAGUGGGAUCCGAAGAAGCGCAUGACCCCCGACGAGGCAGUGCGCCACGAGUGGUUGAGCUCUUCUUUCUCUCAUGCGAGCUCCUCGUCGUCGUCGUCGUCGUCGACGAUGACGUCGUCGACGGUGAACGCGAAAAACGGCAACAACGGUAACAACAGCAACGCUACGGCAGCGGUCGUCGAAACGUCUCAAUCAUCUCACGCGCAAACUGUAACGCGCCUGACGGUCAGCGAAGCGUUGCAGCUACCUUCCAACAUGGAAUACGCUCCAUACAGUCUCCUAGCUCUCUACCUCAAGCACGAUAAACACAUGAAGAGGGUCGGCACGUCGGAGAACUCGAAGAGCGGCGGUGCAGCGACAACGGACAAUUCCAAGAGUAGCAGCAGUCUUGUUGUAAAGAGCAAGUUAAAUGGUAGCGCGAGUAGCCAUGCCUUGGCCAGUAGCGCUCAAACAACGACGUCCAGGCACGCCUCGACCGGUGACAUAGUUUCUAGCUUGGACCCAAAUCUCGACGACUCCGGAACCUUCCUUCCACCGAUAUUGUGAAGUCGGGUUUACGCUAGCCACUUUUAAACGUCCUCCGUUUGAGUUCGUUCUCUGCGUCCUUCCUCUCUUUCUUAGAUCGAACGAUUGAGCGAUUUUUAGCUGGCAAUUUUUCUUAGCUCCCCUCGGCUAAAAGUGUUUGGAUCUAAGGAAGGCAACAUUCUGGGUAGCGUCGUACAUGUGGAAUAGGAGGAAGAAUUGAAGCUUGAUGUAUAAUCGAGUAAGAAUGUUACUCAAUAGGGUAGAGGUAGUAUCGUGCAAGAAGUUAAUGAAAGCGAAGGAAACAGGUAAAUUUAAUAAAGAGUUAUUUCAAAAGAGAGCAGAGUAUCAUCGGCGACUCAAAUCGAUCAUUAAAGCGCGUCUUCGUCAUCAUCAUAGCGUAUCAUCAAAACAAAGUCAUUAUCAAUCGAUAACGAGUGAAGUUUUUCUUAAGUUCGGAAAGAGUACGCUUUCCAAUUUUCUAAGAGCAAUAUCGGAAAAUUGAUCGUUUCGAUAAAUCGAACGUCGUCGUUGAAAUGUAGGAACGCGUGGUGAGAGCGAGCACAUGGUGUGUGCGCUUAGAAAUGGCUGGCCCGUGUAAACGCGCUUGACGUUCUCGAUGCCAAAAGGGCUUAGAAAAUAUGUAUAUAUAUAUAUAUAUAUAUAUAAUUUAUAUAUGUAUAUGUAUUAUCGAUAAAAUUCUCAGCCCCUCCCCCUUAAUAUUGAACUAGCUACGAGGUCGAGAUCGCACAUCCAAACGUCGUCGUUUGGCUGAUCGUAGCGAAGUACAUGGGAUAUGUCGUUAUUAGAUCAUCGCUUGGAAAUACGAUGGAACCUAAAUUAAAAUACCGUAACGUCACUCGAGUAUCAAUCAAAUUAUUUUCUCGUUUAAUGGAACAAUCGUGUUCCUUCCAUCCGGAAUAUAUUUAUUUAACGGUAAAGUUCACGCGUCAAUAUAUCAUGAGAUUUCACGCGGUAUAAAUCAUCGAUAUUAAACUGAGAAAUUACUUUGAAAAAUUAUUCCGAAUGAUCAACAUUAUUGUUCUCUAAGGAGAGUAACUAUUAAUGGUUCAUCGAUGUGAUCGCGCGAUAUCAUUCAAUAUAAGCAUAACGUCGCGCUAAUCGAUGGUCUAACGAGAUAAUAAUUUUUUCCUUUUAAGCGAUCGCGAUGGCGAGCUUAAAUAUAUUCUACUAUAAUUUAAAGAUAUCGUCCGUGUAGUGUGUCGAAUGGAUUUUUAAUUACUUGUAGUAGGUAACUGUUUAUGGCGAUGAGAAAAUAUAUAAGGAAGAUAAAAAAGGUGAUGUUUGACGUUUCAAAAGAUCGCUCCUUUUUUAUCGUCUGAUUAUUUUUUAUCAUCAUGUCGAGAAGAUCUGAGCAAUUUUUCGUAGCUAUCAGCGGCUGCUAAAAAAUCGCUAUCAAUAAUAAUGAGAAUUUGAAAGGAGCAAUCUUAAAGUGAAAAAGAAAAAAGAAAAAAAAAUAAUAAAUAAACGAAGCGUGCCCCAGUUUCGCGAGGCCUGUGUAGUAGUCUUAUUGUGAUAUUAAACUACCACUGUCUUAUUUAGAUCUUUGGUAAUAAGAAAUAAUAACGAUCGUUAAUGAUUUCAUUACUAUUAAUCACUAAUAUUUUCUUUAUAAUGAGUAUCGCAAAAACAAGCUUAUUGCUACAAGAUUAUAAUUACAUGAUUAAUGUGUGCAAGAGAGGGAGAGGGAGAGAGAGAGAGAGAGAGAGAGAGAGAGAGAGAGACAGACAGAAAGAGAUGAUUAACAUUGACGAAGAGUUUAAUAUUAUCUUGUAGGAUUGUACAGCUUUUAAUUAAGUCUGCGAUAUAUAUUCCUGAAUAGCACGCGAUUUGCUUGCGUAAUCGAAUACGUAAAAUGCCAAUUUCACUGAAAUUUCCAUAUCAUUUGAAUUUUUCUUUAUCUAUAUCAAUAAUGCUUCUUUUUUUAUUAUUAUUGUUAUUAUUAAUAUUAUUAUUACUAUCAUCAUCACUAUUAUCCUUACUUUUACUACAAUUAAUAUUAAUAUUAUUAUUAUAUUAUUAUAUUAUUAUCAUUAUUGUUCGUACGAUUAUGAUAUUAUCAGUCAUACGUUAACAACGCAAUAUCUUAUGUAAAAAGCGAUAUCACACUUUAUAAGAUUGUACUUUAAUUCACCGAGAUUAUUCAUCGACGUCCAGCGUUUUUUGGAUGUUGGCGCAAAAAUCAAUGAGAUAUCCAGGGAACAGUCGUCUUUAAGAACGCGGAAUGGAUUUAAUGGGAGAUUAUAAUAUUUGUCUAACUUUCAUGUCGUUUAGAUGCGUCGAUUUUAACGAAGUUCGUAGAACCACGAAAGAUUGUAUAUCCGAGCUUAAUAUUCAUAGUAGUAUUCGAGAAAGAAUUUGGCCCCCUUCAAUCGAGACUCGAACGAUCGAGGAUUUCAUUCAUUUUUCUUCCGUAUCUUUUUCCUUUUUCUUUUGUUUUUUUUUACCAUUCGAACUUAUGCUUCAUCCGUCUCGUUCGAUCGUUCACACUUUCAUACGAUUUCAUACGAUUUCAUAUAGUCGGACCAAUUGUGCUCUUCGGUCCAAUUAAGAAGCUUAUAGAAAAUAAGCUUCGUCAAAUAUCAGCAGCGCUAGAGAACGAUCAUACGACAUUGAUUUUUUCACCUUUAGUUUCUCCCUUUUAUCUUCCUAAAAUCCCCCCCCCCCCUUUCCCAUUGGCUUCGAAGAAGAUUUAUUAGACGUUAACGAAUGAUCGAUUCGCGUAGUAUCUUUUCACGACUGAUCGUUAGUUCAAUUAAAUUCUCGUGGACCACCAUCUUUCUUGUUCGAGUGUCCAUUGAAAGAAAAGACAAAAAGUAGAUGAGUAAGUGAUCGUAACAAUAAACUCGUACGGUAAAACAUAAAACAACAAAGUACUUGUAACAAGACUGACUGAUUGUAUACAAUUUCAUCACACAAUUAUCACGACGUAAAUCAAUCGUGUUCUUUCAAAUUAGUGUCGUUCUCAUCGCGUAUAUUUAUACAUACAUAUAAAAAUGACAAAACGUUCGCAGAUCUUCUAGGCUCUUACGUCGUGUUUCCUCGGAUCUCCAAUUAGAAAAGGUUCAAGUUUAGCUUAUACCGCGCGUCCUAUCCCCGUGUCGUUAAUUUUUAUCACGAUUGAAGCCAAUUCUUCUUUACUUAAUAAAAUUUCGAAUCUGCGCUACUCGGAAAAUUAGUUUUCUCCUUCGAAAACACGUAUCGUCGUAUAUAUGUCAUUUGAAACAAUCCGCGUUCGUUGCAAAAAUAGAGAAAGAAUAAAAAUGAAGUCUUUUUUUAAUAAAAAAGAAAGAAAAAAAAAAAAAGAAAAAGAAAAAAAAAGAAAUUGCGAAUGUCGAUGAUACAACGGGAAUACAUACAUACAUACGUAUUCGUAAUUCAAGAAAAUUACCGGCAUUAUUUAUCGUUGUUGUCUAUUAUAUCACGCCUAAUUACUGUUCCCCUUAUUUUUCUUUAAUAAAUUCUAUCGCAGCGUUCUUCAAUUUGCUGUUCGCGAAAUAUCUAAACGAGGAAAGGGAAAGGGGGGAGAAAAAUGAAGAAAUAAUGAAUAUCUUUUCGCGAGAUGGGUUCGAUGAACUCGAACGAAGAGAGGAGUUUGCAACUUCAAUGUUCUUAGUGACUAGAAAGAAAGAAAUCGAAAAAAAAAAACAGAUGAAAAGGAAACCGAGCAUACACAGUAAGGGAGAUAUCAAAUUCUGUAUAAAUAACGUUUUAGUAAUAUGUGUGUAUGCGCGGAUCCUUGAAAAAAGGUAUGUAUGAUGUGUGUUGUGUGUGUAUGAGAGAGAGAGAGAGAGAGAGAGAGAGAGAGAGAGAGAGAGAGAGAGAGAGAGAGAGAGAGAAUACAGAAGACCGAAAGAAAGAGAGAGGGAGAGAGAAAGAGUGAAAGAAUGAAUCAUAUUUACGCGUACAUGUAUAUAUAAUAUAUCCAUACAUAUAUAUUAUACACACUUGUGCGCGUAUUACUUUGCAUAUACAUAUUAUAUACAAGUAUGUAUUAAGAGAAAUCACGCAAGCAAAAAACGAGUUAAAUAUUAGUAAUUAUCAUAGAAAUAAUAGAACAUUAAGUAAUAUAACCCCAUAAAAACUCGGGGAUACCCUAAACAAAAGCAAAAAAGAAAAAAGAAGAAGAGGAAGAAGAAAACAAAAAGGAUAAUUGUACAGCCCUAAGUUUUUAGUUGUGUUCAUUAUUAUAUACAGCGGGAUCAAAUUGUAUGUGUAUAGGAGACACUGUUGUAUAAUCUGCGUCGAAGAAACGCAUUCGCGCACAGUCAUAUACGUGUAUCCGUGCGCGUAGGUCCGAAAAGAAAGAAAGGAAUGAAAAUAAAUUUGAUAAUGGUAUCGAUCCCGAUUUCAUACACGGAAGAAAAAUGCGCGAUGAAAGAGAGAGGGAGAGAGAGAGAGAGAGAGAGAGAGAGAGAGAGAGAGAGAGAGAGAGAGAGAGAGAGAGAGAGAGAGAGAGAGAGAGAGAGUAAAAUACUUUUAUCGAUCCGCACAAAGAGAAAAAAGAAAAAAAGAAAAAAAAACAAGAUUGCGGAUGAAAAAGGGGCGAUUGCUCUCUAGUCCUGAAUUAUUAUGAACGAACGUGAUCCGAGUUGAAAGGGGACGAACAUGAUCUUAGAGACAUAUAUGUCUUCUUAACGAAUGUGUAACAGAAGAAAGAUAGGGAAGAAAAAUUGUCUCUGUGAAAAAGAAUUAAAAAAAACCCCCUCCAGCGUGCGAGCGAGCGUGCGUGCGUGUAAAAGGCUCUAGCGUAUAUCUUCUUAGAAGAAAAAAAAAGCAAAAAAAAAAAAAAAACAAAAAAAAAAGCAAAAAAAAAAAAACAGUUUGUAAAACCAAUUAUCGAGUUAACAACGUGGAUAGAUCGUCUUUAAAGUUAGAUAGUAAAACUCUUGUAUGCGUGACGCGUUCUAAGGAGAAUAGGUAAAAAAGAAAGAAAAUGAACUAUCAUCGUCGAGCGAACGAAGGACACGACCACUUCCUACAAACUUCACUCUCCCCUUUUAUCCCUCGAUGCUCUCUCUCGAGUUUCGACAAGCGACAUCAUCAAAAAAGAAAAAGAACAUAAAUAAAUGC